UAUAAUAACGCUAAAGUGCUGAAGCAGAACAUGACGCUGAACCUGUCCGACCCAUCCAGCAACCUGAAGCCGCACCUGAGGAACAAGAACGCCGACAUCCUCACGUCCCCCGACGUGGGACUCCUGAAACUGGCCUCGCCUGAACUGGAGCGGCUCAUCAUCCAGUCCAGCAACGGGUUAAUAACCACCACGCCGACCCCGACGCAGUUCCUCUGCCCCAAAAAUGUUACCGACGAGCAAGAGGGGUUCGCGGAAGGCUUUGUGAGAGCCCUGGCGGAACUGCACAACCAGAACACCAUGCCCAGCGUUACCUCUGCGGCUCAACCUGUUAACAGCGGUAUGGCACCUGUGUCGUCUAUGGCUGGCAACAGUAGUUUCAAUACGAAUUUGCACAGCGAGCCCCCGGUGUACGCCAAUCUCAGCAACUUCAACCCCAACGCGCUCAACUCGGCACCUAACUACAACGCAAACAACAUGGGCUAUGCGCCUCAGCAUCACAUAAACCCCCAGAUGCCCGUGCAGCAUCCCAGGCUUCAGGCUUUGAAAGAAGAGCCUCAGACUGUACCUGAAAUGCCAGGGGAAACUCCUCCUCUGUCCCCUAUUGACAUGGAGUCACAGGAGAGAAUCAAAGCUGAGAGAAAACGCAUGAGAAACAGAAUUGCGGCAUCCAAAUGCCGGAAAAGGAAGUUGGAAAGGAUUGCCAGGUUGGAAGAAAAAGUGAAAACUUUGAAAGCCCAGAACUCAGAGCUGGCAUCCACUGCCAACAUGCUCAGAGAACAGGUUGCACAGCUUAAGCAGAAGGUCAUGAACCAUGUCAACAGCGGGUGCCAGCUAAUGCUAACACAACAGUUGCAAACGUUUUGAAGAGACUGUCUUAAAUGAGAACUGUGAUAUUGUGGUAUAACUAAAAAAAAACCAACCAAAAGUGGCAGAUGCAUAAAGCUAAUGGUAAAAGCUGAAAGGCUGAGUCCUGCCUGUGCUCUGCAAAGUGCAUGUGUGGAAAGACUGGCAAGCCUUCAGCUUGAGUUAGUGGUGAAGCAGCCAGCACCACUCCGAGAAGUGCUGUUCCUGCUCAGAUGAGAUGUCAGAUCUUCGUUUAACAUUGACCAAGACCUGCAUGGACCUAACAUUCGAUGAUCAUUCAGUAUUAAAGGUUAAACUGCAAUAGAAACUGUAGAUUGCUUUAUGUAGUAUUACUUAAGAAAAAAAAAAAGUGGGAGGGAGGUUUGUGGGAGGCUGAUAAACAAAAAAGAACUAUUCUGCCUGCCUUCAAGUAAAUUGUGUAUGUACAUAUCUUUUUUUAUUUUAUUUUAUGAAAGUUGAUUAAUGUCAAUAAACUACUUCAUGACUUUGUAAGUUAUUUUUAUGUUGUUUAUUUGGGCACUGCCCAGUAUUGUUUGUAAAUAAGAGGCUUUUUUUUAGCACUCUGAGUUUACCAUUUGUAAUAAAGUAUAAUUUUUUAAUGUUUCUGUUUCUGGAAAAAUUCUAGAAGGUUCUAUUAUAUUUAAGAAAAAUAAAAUAAUUAAAAUGCA